AUGUUUUAUGCAGAUUCUAUUUAAGAUGAUAAAAUAAAAUCUUACUUAAGAUAAAUUGACGAAGAGUAGGAGAAGAAAGAAAGAAUACAGAAAUUAGCAGAAUCAUUAAUGAAUAAAGCAAAAUUAAAAUUGAAGUAUUAUUGAAUAUAAUAAAUUAAAUAAGGUUUUCAAAUAAAGAUUCUAGAAGAGAAGAGUAAUUCAAUAAGAAAUUAGAAGAGAUGAGAUAAUUGAGUACAUUUGUAGAUGCAAGACCAUCAAUAAAUAAAUUAAAUUUAUUAAAUGAUAGAAAUCUAUUAUUAAAACUUUAAGUAAUACAAAAAACAUAAUAAUACUAAGAGAGUACUAAGAAUAAUGUAAAUAAAAGUUAGAUGGCAAAAUAAGAAUUGGUAUCUUAAAAUACUUAGCCAUUGAUUUUGGAUGAAGAAUUCAAAUUAUAAUUUUUAGCAUCUUAGAAUUAUGAGCCAAUGUAAAGAAAGGAACUGAAAAUGCCAAAAAGAUCAUAACCAGAAUCACCUAAAGAGAUUGAUCCUAUAAUAAAAGGGGAAGAAUUAUUAAACUUUGAUGCAUCUCCAAAAAAUGAUUCAAAUUUAUUCUAUCGUUCAAUAUUUAAAACAAGUCCUUCACCUUAAAGAAAAUAGUAAAUACAAUAAUUUGAAGAGGAAACUCAAAAGGCUAGAUAGUUUCUUUAAUCUCAAGGACUUAUAGAUAAAUAAGAGUAAAAGAAUUAAAAGAGAACUCCAUUACGAAAAAUUCCAAUUCAACAAUACUAUUAAAAUUUUUAAAAAUAAUGUUAAUCAUUAGUAAAAGAUGUUGCAUUAGAAUCUAGAAGAAGAAGUAUAAAAAGUCAUAUAAUUGAGAGUGAAUUAUAUUCUACAAAGAAAGAGAUAUUAAAAGAUGCUAUUAUUCAUAAGAGUCAAAAUAGUUAAAAUAGUUGUAGAUAAACUGCAAAAUUAAAUCAUUCUUAGAGUAAUUCUUCAACAUCUCCAAGAUAAAAGGUUAUCAAUAUAAAUUAGAAAGGGAAGAAAGGGUCUUAAACUUAAAGAAUUCUUAUAAAAACAAAAAGUAUAUUUGAUUCUGAAUAGAGCAGUCCUAUUAAAAUAAGAUUGUAAACUUAAUUUGAAUCAUUCACAUAAGCUGUAAAUAGAACUUAAGAAGCAUUUAAUAAGAUUAAUAAGGGAAAUGAAAGAAUUAUAAGGAGAAUGUCUACAGCUGUUAGUAGUAUACAUAAAAAGUACAAUAAUGAAGAUAUUUAAGAAUGA